AUGGAUGCAGUCGUGGGCAAGACAUUCUUCUUUGACACAUUGAUACCGGAAACAGAGCGCGGACGGCAGAUGGCAAAGAUUAAAACCAUUAGAGGACUCGUCACAGAGAGAAUGAGCAGUGCAGACGUGAUCAUCCUUGCAGACGCCUCGAAAAAGGACGAGUUGGAACAACAGUUUAGAGACCGGGUUCGCGACGUGCACUGGAUAAAGCACAAGCUAGAACUUUAUGGGACAGGAGAUUUUCAACCAUCAACUCUUUUACAGGCCAGACACGCGUCAACAAGCUCAACCAACAUUGCCACUCCCUCUCCAAAGGCAACACAGAAGAGGAAGCGAGAUGACCCUGAUUCCGACAUGGAAAACCACUCCGUUCAGCCGUCUCGUGCACGCUUUAAGAAUGAACAGAAUUUUCGGUCGUACACGGCAGAGGAACUAGAGAAGCUAAGAAAAUACAUGGCCGACCAUCCAUCACUGCCCAUUGACCAACCCUUCUGGAAGAGGCUUCGAGAGGAGUGCCCUUGGGCUAGAAACCAUACUGCCGAAGCUUGGAGGACGGGGUGGUACCGACAGUCAGAAGACUAUCGUCGCCAACCGAGUUCUAUCGGCACAAGGAAGAAACUGAAGAGCGUCCAACACCCCAAACUUCCUCUUGGCGUCACGGUCGUCAAAGCUGGCCCUUCCAAAACGUCAACAGUGAUCCAAGAUAGCGAUGAAGAUAUACAAAGCGAGGACAAUGAACCGCCCGCUGAGGAUGUAUCCAACAUUGCUGGCAGAGGUAACCCGGUUGAUCAGGGGGAAGACAACUCGGAUUGCUGGCCAGCUGUAACUCCAGGCUUCAAAUCCGCUGGCCCACCUUUUGCUCCGUGGGUGAAGAUCAAACUAGGUUGUUGGCGCCAACGUGCCGUCACUCUCGUCAAGAACUCGGACCCAUCCCAGUCGAGCGCCUCUGCCCCCACACGACCAAGUACAGGCCUUCCUCCCAUUACAGCUCCUCCACCGUCGAGUGCCUUGGAGGAGACCAACCGCUCGCAAACGCCUCCACUCCCUCUAUUCUAUGACACACAACCGCCAGAGAUUGACGAACUCGAAGAUGCCGCAGUGUCGCAAGCACCAGAAAACAAUGGAGAUGAAUUGAACGAAGGAGACUCAGACUACGCUCCCGAUAACGCAUCUUUUGACGCAGAGGACUACAUACGAGAGACCCAAAGCACCUCGGCAACUCAGACAUACCUACCAUCCUCGACUUUACCGCCCUUGUCUGAGGAUAACCUGGACAAGAAUACAAGACAGCGACCAGCGACUACUGCGGUUUCAGCUCUAGAGCAUUUGGGGGCUGAUCACGUUGAUGCCUACUUUGCCCACGCCCUGCAACAGCAAGAGGGCGGUGGUCUUACCCAACUCUUCAUCUCGCAGGCUCCCGACCAAGACUUUCGUGCAACUACAAGAGGUUUGAACGGGGAACCUGACAACCGCACAAGACUCAUAUCCGCGACAAUUGCGUUUAUUGCACAUUGGCUUCAGCGAGACGUGGAAAAGGUGUGGGAGCAAUGGCAAAUGAUGCCCUUGGCCAAACAAAACUUUGCAGAGAUACAGAAGUGGUGUCUUAUGCAUGAUGAUACGAGACUUGACGUCUCUUCUGACGAGACGCGUACGACGACGUCGACUAGGCGCCCUUUUCUUGCACCAUUGAAUGCCAAGAAGCGAUAUCCUUACCCAUCCAAGCCUGAUAGGGAAUGGGCAAAACAUAUAUGCAGGAUGCUCGCCGCGCUCUAUAAUUGCCGACUGCCGAGCAAGGUUUACAACAUCUGGGUGUCGACAAAAGGCGACGCUCGAGCUACCGAGGACAUUCUCAAGGCGAAGAGUCGGGAACAUGGAGGAGUUGCGCCGCUCGACGUACGGGAAAUGGGUGUAGGGGACAUCCCGAGACCUUGGCUGUAG